AUGAGUGGUACUCCAAUAAUUGUUGGUGGUAUGAGAACAACUGCUAGGAGAAGACAAAAUACAGGAUCAUCUAAUACCUCAAAGCAAAGAAGAAAUUUAAGUGGGAAUACAAAUAGCAUUGUAAAAUUUUAUGGAGAUGAUUCACCUGGUUUUAAAUUGACCCCACAAACUGUAUUAAUUGCGACAUUGAUAUUUAUGGCAACAGUAGUUAUUUUACAUAUAAUUAAUAAAAUUUAA